AUGGAAAAUUUAUUUGAAUUAUUUGCGAAAUCAACCGAAAAAAACAACACAAAAACUUCAUUAAUUCAUUACAAAAACGAUAAUAAUGUUACAAAAUUUACUAGGUUACAACUAAAGCAAGAAACAGAAAAAAUUUAUAAUAAUUUGAAAGAAAAUGUAAAUUCUACGAAUCAAGUAAUAGGUAUUUUAUUGAAAAAUAAAAUUGCGCUACCGCCUAUUGUGCUGGGAAUUAGCAAAUGUAAAAAUGGUUUCAUUUGUUUGGACCUAGAAAAUCAACCACGAAAUGAAUAUUUAAUUCAACAAUUAGGCAUUAAUUUAUUAUUUUCUUGUGAAAAUGUAAACCAAAAUGAAGUUAUUGAAGAAUUAACAAUAUUCAAUGUUCCUAUUAAAUUAUUAAAACUAUCUACAGUAUAUACUAAUCAUGAAGAUGAUAUUUCAUAUGUUAUUUCUACCUCGGGUACAACUGGAAAACCAAAAUUAGUAAAAGUAACAAAUGAAUGUAUUAUGCAUAACAUUGAGAGUUUUAGAUCUAUGCUGAAUGUCUCCUCCGAUGAUGUAUUAUUACUCAAUACACCAACUACAUUCGAUCCAUAUAUUAUUGAAUUGUAUCUAAGCUUAGUCUGUAACGCAACAUUAGUGAUAACAGAUCCACCUCAGUUAAUAAAUCAUCCUAAAAAUUUCCUGCAACAAUUAUUUAAUCGAAAUUCAAUUGGCAUAACAAUAUUACAAAUGGCCCCAUCAAUAUUUCUAAAUUUGGGUUUUACUAACAUAGAAGAUAUAAUAUGUGAUAAGAGUUCAACGUUACGUGUAUUAGCAUUAGGUGGCGAACAUUUUACAAAUAUUAAAUUUUUAUUAAAUUUAAUGAAAAAUAACACAAAUUUACAAAUAUUUAAUUUGUAUGGUAUAACUGAGGUAUCAUGUUGGGCAUCUGUUUAUGAAGUACAUAAGAAUUAUGAUGAAAAUGAUUUGAUUUUUCAAUAUGGUGUGCCGCUUGGUGAUUCAUUGAAUGGGACUGAUUUUUUGAUAAAUAAUCAAGAAAAUUCUUUCGAAGGUCGUGGCGAUGGUGAAUUAUUUAUAGAUUGUACAAAUCGAAUAUGUCACAUUCCAUCAGAAAAUCCAAUUAUAAUAAAUAACCGAUCAUAUCGACCCACAGGCGAUAUUGUUCAUAUGGACCCAACCACAAAAUCCAUAUAUUACGUUGGUCGCAAGAAUAGGGUGAUCAAAAAAUUUGGACAUCGUAUAUCACUUGAUCAAAUUGAAAUACUUAUAUCGAAUUUCACUGCUAUGCCAUGUGCUUGUCUCUGGAACACUUCAACUAAAAAAAUUUCAGUAUUUAUAAAAUCAUCACAAUUAAAUGCAAAUUUAAAGAAACAAAUACGUGAAUACAUUUUACAAAAAGUUUCAAAAGCAGCGCUUAUUGAUGAAAUUCAUUUAAUUGAUCAUUUACCAAUCACUAAUCAUGGAAAAAUCGAUCGGAAUGAGUUGUUACUUGAUUUGGAUAAAAGUUUUUCUACUCUUGGCGGUACAUCAAUUAUUGCAAUGGAAAUUGUUAAUCAAAUUGAAAGUUUUACUAAUAAACAAUUUCCACCAGAAAUAUUUGAACAUCGAUGUAAAAGAAGAAAAUUAAUUGGCGACAAUCAAGAUGGAAUAAAAUUUUUAAAUGAUCAAAAUGAUAGGAGUAUAUUGUCCAUGAAAAUUCAAUGGAAAUAUAAUAUGGAAGCUUGUGUUGAUGCAUCGCCUUGUGUUUACGAAUAUCGGGAUCAUAUUUUGGUAAUAAUUGGAUCACAUUCACAUAAAUUAUCAAUAGUAAAUUUUAGAACAGGUGAUGUUAUUUUUGAGCAAUAUUUGGAUAAUCGAAUUGAGGGUACAGCAAAUUGUUUCGAAAAUUUUGUGUUUGUUGGAUGUUAUAGUGGUCAUGUUUAUUGUAUUGAUUUGGAUUUGAAGAAAGUUAAAUGGAAGUAUAAAACUAAUUCACGUGUGAAAACGAAACCAAUUAUUUGUAAAAAUGAUACAGCUAUUAUUGUUGGAUCAUAUGAUAAUAAAUUGCAUUGUAUAGAUACGAAGACAGGAUCGACGACAUGGUGUGUUUCUGUACUAGGAAGUGUAUCAUCACAUGUGCUAAUUCAUGAAAAUUAUGUAUUUGUCGCAACCAUCCAAGGAAAUUGCUACUGUUUCAAUGAAAAAGAUGGCAAUGUUAUAUGGUUUCAAAAUAUUGGUACACCAAUUUUUGCAGCUCCAGUAUUAUUUGAAAAUUCUUCAUGUAAUGGUGUUAUUUACCCCGAUGUUAAGGGAUUAAUUCAUUGUUUUUCAUAUGAAAGUGGAAAUAAGAUGUGGGAAUAUCAAGCGAAUGAUGCAGUUUACUCCUCUGUGAUAAUAAAUAAACAAAGUAUUUAUUUUGGAUGCCAUGACAGUUGUUUAUAUGGAUUAAAUGUUAUGGAAAAUAAUAAUGCAUGUACACUUAAAGUUAAAUAUAAAUUCGAUUCAUCAAUUUUUGCAUCGCCUUGUUUUUUUCAAAAAUUUAUUGUUGUGGCUACUAUGAAAGGUAGUAUUUAUGUAGUUGACUCUAUAAAUCAUACUUUGAUCAGCAAAAUACACUUGGAUGGAGAAAUAUUUUCGACGCCUGUUGUAUUUCAGAAUAAUAUUUUAUUCGGUUGUCGGGAUGAUUUUGUAUAUUGUUUUGAA